CCACCACAAUCUGCCUCAAAAUCAAAGCCAUUAAAAAUCUCAGACUCGCCCCCCGCCACAAUCUGCCUCUCUCGUUACCUAAAACAAACAAACUAAUGAAGUGUUUUUUCUUUUGUUGAGAUGGAAAAUGAGCUUUUUCUCGGUAACCAAAAAACCCACGAACCCCAGCCCUUCAUCACUCUCACCCAGUCUCUUUCAACCCCACUACUCUUCCAUGAAAUCCAAGAUGAACCCACAACUCCUUCUCCUCCUCCCGGACCUUCAAAUACCCGUUUCAAGAAACCCGGUACUCUUCACAGGAGCAAGACCGCGCCUGCUAUGGUUGUCAUGCGAGAAUUUCAACCAACGAAGCCCCAAAUUCCUAAACCACAAUCAGAGUCUAACUCCAUAAUCAGGCAAGCCAUUUUCUUGCUAUCUUUGUAUCUACUCCUUGGAGUUGUUAUCUACUCUUUUAACACUGAUCACUUCUCGGGCACGGAGACUCAUCCGGUCGUUGAUGCUUUAUAUUUCUGUAUAGUCACUAUGUGUACCAUUGGUUAUGGUGAUAUAGCUCCAUUAACACCAGUGACAAAGGUCUUUGCGUGCGUGUUUGUGUUAGUUGGGUUUGGGUUUAUAGACAUCUUGCUCAGUGGGCUUGUGAAUUACGUUCUUGAUUUGCAAGAAAGCAUGAUCUUGACUGGUAUUGAAAUGAGUAAAAAUCGAAAUCGAGAAGGAUUUUCAGCUGCUGAUUAUAUUAUUGAUGUUAAAAAGGGAAGGAUGAGGAUAAGAUUGAAGGUUGGAUUGGCACUUGGUGUGGUGAUUCUGUGCAUUGGAAUAGGGACCUUGGUGCUAUACUUUCUGGAGGAUCUUGAUUGGAUUGAUUCGGUUUAUUUGGCGGUCAUGUCAGUUACAACUGUUGGGUACGGUGAUAGGGCGUUUAAGAGCUUGCCAGGAAGGUUGUUUGCAGCAAUUUGGCUUUUGGUUUCGACAUUGGCGGUAGCAAGAGCAUUUCUUUAUUUGGCAGAGGCUAGGAUUGAUAAGAGGCACAGGAGGAUUUCCAAUUGGGUGUUGCAUAGAGAUAUUACCGUGGAGGAUUUGCUUGCUGCGGAUAUGAACAAUAAUGGUUUCAUUAGUAAAUCAGAAUAUGUAAUUUACAAGCUCAAAGAGAUGGGAAAGAUAGGCGAGAAAGAUGUAUUACAGAUCUGCAAUCAAUUCAGCAAGCUUGACCCAAACAACUUGGGAAAGAUAACCUUGCCUGAUCUCCUGGGGCAUCGCUUGUGACAAUUACACAGGUCAGUCUGUAUUUUUUGUUCCACAGGAGCCGUUGGAUCUGCCUUGUUAUUCCGGGAAACACAGGGAAGGUAGAUGUCUGGUAAUCGAAGUUCACUGGUAUAUGUGUACAUAAAUCUUCAUUAGUUGUGGCAGAAAAUGCAUUGCUUGCAUGAAGCUGUUAAACAAGGAACUGUGUCCAGUCAUCGAGAGUGUAGAUAUCCUGGUACUUUGAUUCUUGAAACUGUAAUGAUCUCAGAAUUGAAAAUAAUUAGAGAAAAAAAUCAAUAAAUCAUGGCAAUAAGUGGCCGCAUCGUGUACAA